CUGGAAGUCUUUCUUAUUGAUAAUAAUAAUUGAAUUUUUGAAAAAUAUUUAUCUCUACAAAUUCCAUAGAGUGGAAACUUUUGUGGCGUAAUUCUGGGGAUCUUCAGAGACCUUGCUCAUAUGCAUAUAUACUCGAAGAGAAAUGUGUUCUUUUGUGUUAAUUAGGAAGGCGAGCCUACCUCGAAUGCGUGUCGUUGAGCGUAUCACAGCUUUAAUGACGCAUUUAAUUAAAAAAAACCUGUCGUCGUUGCCGGUUUAAUUUAUGAACUGCUGAUCAGAGAAUGCGUAGCACAAACAAGCCCUCGUCGUAAACCAAUAGAAAAACAGGACGAGCCUGUGGACUGUCGGUGGGCCCGAUAUUUAAAGCGGAACCCGAUGUGCGUCCAGCGAUAAUCGAAUGCUCGAUAUCAUCACAGGAGGUAAUUUUUACCGUUUUCCUCGAUUUCAGUCGAAUCAUGACGACUUACACUGAUAAAGGACCUCAGCCCGUUGGAGGAAAAUUCCUCAGUUUCGAUCACAUAAAAUUCUGGGUCGGAAAUGCGAAGCAGGCCGCUAGUUUCUACCGAUGCAGAAUGGGGUUCCAACCACUUGGAUAUCGCGGUUUGGAAACUAGCUCCAGAAAAAUAGCCGCGCACGUUGUCAGACAGAACAAAAUAGUGUUUGUGUUUGAAUCUCCAUACGAGCCUGAUAACGAAGAGAUGUCGGAGCAUCUUUCCCGACACGGCGACGGUGUGCGAGAUGUAGCAUUCAACGUCGAAGAUAUUGACACCAUUGUGAAGGUCGCUAAGAAAAGGGGUGCCCAAAUAGUGCGCGAUGUAUGGGAGGAAAGCGACGAAUACGGUACCGUGAGAAUGGUCACUCUAAAAACUUAUGGCGAUACGCACCAUACACUUAUCGAUAGGACAAGAUACAAAGGUUUCUUUCUGCCAGGAUUCGUAAGAGCGUCGGAAGACGUUCUUCUCCAACAAUUGCCGCAAAUACAUUUGAAUUUCGUGGACCAUGUGGUGGGUAAUCAGUCUGACAAACAGAUGGAACCUGUUGCGAAGUGGUAUGAAGAGUGUUUACAGUUUCAUAGAUUCUGGUCAGUGGACGACACGCAGCUGCACACGGAAUACUCCGCGCUACGGUCUAUCGUGAUGACGAAUUGGGAGGAGACAGUGAAGAUGCCGAUCAACGAGCCCGCACCGGGAAAAAAACGGUCCCAAAUUCAAGAAUACGUUGAGUACUACGGCGGCGCCGGUGUACAGCAUAUCGCCCUCAAUACCAGUGACAUUAUUACAGCAAUAACGAAUCUGCGUGCCAGGGGGAUGGAAUUUCUUGACGUGCCCGAUAGUUAUUACGAUAUGCUCAGAAACCGCCUGAAAGCCAGUGGCGUGACCAUCGUGGAGGAUUUGGAUAUAUUACAGAGAUUAAAGAUAUUAAUAGACUACGACGAGAAUGGAUAUCUUCUACAAAUAUUCACGAAAAAUAUGCAAGACCGGCCGACACUGUUCAUAGAAGUCAUACAGAGACGCAACCAUGACGGUUUCGGCGCCGGCAAUUUCCAAGCGUUGUUUGAAGCGAUCGAAUUGGAGCAAGCAAAACGUGGGAAUCUGUAGAAUAUCAAUAUUCCUGAUAUAUUUGCAAAAUUAAAACCGUUAGCCGAUAUAAAGUAAUCCUAUGAAAGAGUAAAGGACGAGUAUCUUUGUACUUAAUUGUAUCGUUCUACUUAUAUAAUGAGAUAUCACAUUAAAAGUACAUUAUGUAUAUAAAA